AUGAAGACGAAGGAUGCUCCCAUUCAACUGCGUAUUAUACUGAAGGACGAUGUACCGGUGGCUCAGCGACCAAGACGGCUGGCCAUCAGUGAACAAGAAGAAGUUGAAAGGCAGAUUGAACAGUGGCUCAAAGACGGACUAAUUCAGAUGACGCUCAUGAAGAGAGAUAUGUCUACAUCCACAAGGGUGGCCAGAGGGAUAAUAUUCCUUCAGGAGUACAACUUCAGAGUGGAGCACAGAAAGGGAUCCCAAAUGCGACAUGCAGAUGCGCUGAGCAGAAACCAUUAUGUAGCAAUGAUAACAUCAGAUUUUCAGGAGAAACAGAAGCAAGCCCAUUUGAGAGACGUUUGCAUUAAAAAGCGAUUGAAUGUGAAUGAGAUAAUCUCUCAGUUGGAAGAAGAUGAUGACUUUUUUGCGGCUGAUAUUUUCAUCACGCCACCUGACAAAUGGCAAAAUAGUGACGAAGACAGCGGUGACGAAGAGUUUCCAAGCAUAAAUAACUUAUCUAGAAAUCAGUUACUGGCAGAAGCUGAACUCCGGAUCACCAGAUCGUCUCAAUCUGAGUCUAGCAUAGUGAAGGAGCUCGUUGAAAAUGAAGUUCAAGUGGAACCAACACCUUCCACAUCGUCAGUGACGCAGCCUCCACAGCCCAUAUGCUCGUCGAUGGUGACACAGGCCCAGCCCCCGCUCCCGCCCCCGCCCUCACCCACGCCCCCGCCAAAAAGAAGACGUGUUGAAGUUGCAAGAAAGUGGAAGUUUGUAGAUAUUCGAGAAAAAGCUGAGAAGGAGUACCGUGAACCAGAUUUCCUGGAUAACCUGGAAACCCCAGUUCAGUUUUUUGAACUUUUUUUUGAUGAAGAGGUGAUCAAAUUACUGCGCUCAGAAACUAAAAAAAAUGCGAUUGAAAAGGGCAAACAUGCAUUUUGUGUCACUACAACGGAAAUCAAACAUUUUAUUGCCAUUCUAUUACUGUCGGGGUAUAACAGUGUUUCGAGAUACCGAAUGUAUUGGGAACAUAGAGUUGACUGCAGUUUUCCAACAGUGGCAGCUCUUAUGUCAAGAAAUCGAUUCGAAGAUUUGUUGCAGUUUUUCCAUGCUGCCGAUAAUAAUAAUCUAGAUCCUAAUGAUAAGUUUGCUAAAGUGCGCCCUCUAUGGAAACUGCUCAAUGCAAGAUGGGUAAAGUACUAUCCAGGAGAUAAAAAUUUGAGCAUUGACGAAUCUAUGAUUCCCAAUUAUGGAAAACAUGGCACAAAGCCGCAUAUCCAUGGAAAACCAAUAAGAUUUGGAUAUAAAAAUUGUUCAAUUUGUACACGACUUGGAUAUUUGAUUAAUGGUGAGCUUUAUCAGGGAGCUAGUACAGGAAAUACUCAUCCUGAGUUAGGUGUUGGUGCCUCAGUUGUCCUGGAUCUGAUAUCAAAGCUGCCGCAAGGAAGCUACAGUUUUUACUUUGACAACUUUUUUACAUCUUUACCGCUGCUUGACGAGCUACAAAAGGUGGGUCACGAUGGAACGGGGACUAUACGAGCCAACCGAACUGAGAAAGCACCUCUCAAAGAUCCGAAAGAAAUGAAGAAAACAAGUAGAGGAUCUCAUCACCAAUGUACUGAUGUAUUAUCUAAUAUCACGCUUGUUAGAUAUAAUGACAAUAACAUUGUCACAGUGGCCUCGACUCAAUGUGGUUCAGAACCCAAGAGCAAAGUCAAACGUUACUGUGAUAAAAAGAAGAAGGAAGUUGACCAACCUCGUUGCUUCGUAAAAUAUAAUAAGUUUGGAUUUCGUAAAAAUAUCUCCACCGUUGAUGCAGUUCUAAAGCUAACAAAUAAUAUAGUAAAAAACAUAAACAGCAAUAAGAAAACUCUCGCGGUGUUCCUUGAUUUAGCAAAAGCCUUUGACACCGUACCGAUUCCUAUUCUUCUAACCAAACUAUAUAUAUAUAUAUAUAUAUAUAUAUAUAUAUAUACUUAA